UAGACACCUAUGAUUUCUUUUAGAUUUGGCAAAUUUUAAAAAGUUGUGUAUGAGAAAUUGAUUAAAAGAAUAGUUUAUGCAAGGAGAAAAGAAAGAAGAAACAAUAAGGUCACAUGAACUAAACUAGAUUAUUCAAGGGUCCCUCUAAAUUGGUUUUCUCUUGCCCAUAUCUCCAUCAUUCACAUCAUGUAACACCAUAACAUUCAAAAUUUCUCUCCAUUUCUCUCAUUCUUCUUCUAAAAAUCUUAACAAUACUUUUUUUUUGUUUUCUUUCCUCUGAAUUUCUAAGAGCUAUAUAGCUAUUGCAUAAAAACAGUGAGACAUAGAUAAGAGAAAGAGAGAUCGUGGUGAUGAUCAGUUAGGCAAAACCCAACUUUAUAUUUAUGUAUAAUUAGGUCAAUCACAUCACUAGUUUAACCCUUUUUUCUCCUCCAAUCCUCCUCCACUCCUUCAAAAAUUAGGGUUUGUUGCUUCUCAGCUCAUUUCUCAAUUCCAAAGUCACCCCCAUCCGCUUUUUGUUGAAAUCAUCAAAUUCAAGUCAGAAACCAAAUCUUGACCAUACCAUUAAUCAAAAAAUGAUGAUGACAAACUUGUCUCUUUCAAGAGAAGGAGAAGAGGAGGAAGAAGAAGAACAAGAAGAGGCCAAGAAGCCCAUGGAAGAAGUAGAGAGAGAGCACAUGUUCGACAAAGUGGUGACUCCAAGCGACGUUGGUAAACUAAACCGGCUCGUGAUCCCAAAGCAAUACGCAGAGAGAUACUUCCCUUUAGAUUCAUCCACAAACGAGAAAGGUUUGCUUCUAAACUUCGAAGAUCUCGCAGGAAAGUCAUGGAGGUUCCGUUACUCUUACUGGAACAGUAGUCAGAGCUAUGUCAUGACUAAAGGUUGGAGCCGUUUCGUUAAAGACAAAAAGCUAGACGCCGGAGAUAUUGUCUCUUUCCAGAGAUGUGUCGGAGAUUCAGGAAGAGACAGCCGCUUGUUUAUUGAUUGGAGGAGAAGACCUAAAGUUCCUGACCAUCCGACAUCGAUUGCUCACUUUGCUGCCGGAUCUAUGUUUCCUAGGUUUUACAGUUUUCCGACAGCAACUAGUUACAAUCUUUACAACUAUCAGCAGCCACGUCAUCAUCAUCACAGUGGUUAUAAUUAUCCUCAAAUUCCGAGAGAAUUUGGAUACGGGUACUUGGUGGAUCAAAGAGCCGUGGUGGCUGAUCCGUUGGUGAUUGAAUCUGUGCCGGUGAUGAUGCACGGAGGAGCUCAAGUUAGUCAGGCGGUUGUUGGAACGGCCGGGAAGAGGCUGAGGCUUUUUGGAGUCGAUAUGGAGGAAGAAUCUUCAUCUUCCGGUGGGAGUUUGCCACGUGGUGACGCUUCUCCGUCUUCCUCUUUGUUUCAGCUGAGACUUGGAAGCAGCAGUGAAGAUGAUCACUUCUCUAAGAAAGGAAAGUCCUCAUUGCCUUUUGAUUUGGAUCAAUAAUGAUGAUGAGAUUAGUUGGUAUUUAAAUUUAAACAUAAAUUCUAUAAAUAUAUAUAUGACAACAUAUAUAAUGCAUUGAUUCCAUUAUACAUUUUUACCGAGAAAUGAUAUGUUUGUCCAUAGAUAAGUUAUAUGGACUCGAAUAGUCUUUUGUUAAGUUGUUCUUCAGAAUAUUUGAUUUGUGUA